AUGUGUCGGCCGGCGAAGAAGGCCGCCAAGCUGGUCAAAGCGACCCACAUCAUGUCCAAACAACGGCGCAGAAACUCGGGUAUCUCCAUUGCCACGCCGAACCCGCCUCCGCCCGGCUCCUCAGCCACACCGAUGUCCGAGCAGAACAACGCCAAGAAGCCCAAGACCGGCGGCCGCGGAAGAAGAGGCGAGAUCAAGACCGGCGCCAGUAAGUUUGUCAUCCUCAAACGCGCAGCCGAGUUUGUUGUCUGGAUGGCCGACUAUAACUCUGCCCUGUCCUCUGAAAUCUCCUGUCUCAAAAACAUCCUCCUCAGCCAUCAAAUCCAGGUCUAG